ACCUUGGUAUGGAUGAGGAGGUGUUAAUGGGGGCUCUACACCAACCACUAAAUUUUCUUUUAUGCCAACCAGAGGCUCUGGGGGUUAUCAAUCUGUAACUUUCAACAUUCAAUUCCAAUUGACCUAAAGACAUCACUCAUUAUCGUAUAGUCCUCCGAACAAUCCGGCGCUGGCCAAGAUGACCAAAUUUUCAUUAUGAUGCUUCGCUUGUGCCCCUUCUUCUACGUAUAUAAAUACAAGGACAAUCAAACACAAUAAGGUACUCACAAGGUGUUCCUCAAAAAAAAAAAAAAAAAAGGUACUCACUAGGCCUUCAUUUAGCAAAACACUUUUUCUCUCUACAAAAAGCUUAUCCAACAACCAACAAUUAAAACUAUGCUUACAGUCACAGAAGAUUUCAGUUUCCCAAAAGUCAGUGCCAACCCCAUUCCUCACUUUAUAAUUUCCCCAUCGUUGUGGCGUGUUACUUCUCUAGUUUAUCCAGAUUAUAAUCUUGAUGUAGAUUAUGGUAGAGGGGAAGGUUUUUCUAGGAAUAACUUUUCCCAUGUAGAAAGCAAGACAAAGUCUGAGAAUGAUGCUCCAAACUUAGAGUCACCAGAGGAGAAAAUGGACAUGUUGUGGGAGGACUUCAAUGAGGAGCUACAAAGGGAGUCUUCCAUAGGCAAGAAGAAAGAAGCUGAGAGAUUUUCAAGGGGGGGUGGAUUGGAUUACAAGUCUGAAGUUGGUGCAACCAAAGAGUUUGUAGAGUUUUUCUGUCUUCAGGCCUUGAAGAUGUCUAAAACAAGUAAAAGAACCAACAUGGUUGUAGUUUUGAAAGCUUUGAAAAAGUUGUUUUUCCUUCGCAACUGAUCAGCUCAGAUCAGUCAGAGUGACAGUAAUUUCUAAUGGAUUUGCAUUAUAUUAUACAGAUUGACACUUCUUUGUUGUAUAGAAAUACUGUAAGUUAUUUCAUAUCUGCAUACAAGAGCAAAAUUUUCCAAUCUUUACUUUCAAAGCAUGGCAAAUUUGGAAUUUGUAACGCAGACGGUUCCUACAGUAAAACAUUUUAUUUUGUUUGGUAAGCACAAAUAGAAAGGAUAGAUUGAACCUGAUUAACCCCCACAAAAGGGGCACAAGUCAUCGACCUUUUU